AUGAUGCUCUAUAAGCUUGUUGUACUUGGAGAUGGUGGUGUAGGAAAGACCGCACUCACGAUUCAACUGUGUCUGAACCACUUUGUUGAGACAUACGAUCCCACCAUCGAAGAUUCAUACCGUAAGCAGGUCGUCAUCGAUGAUCAACCUUGCGUUUUGGAGGUCUUGGAUACUGCCGGUCAAGAGGAAUAUACCGCUUUAAGAGAUCAGUGGAUCAGAGAUGGCGAAGGGUUUUUAUUAGUGUACUCGAUUACGUCUCGUUCAACGUUUGAACGAGUGGAACGAUUCCGCGACCAAAUCUUCCGGGUGAAAGACGUGGACAAAGUACCCUUGAUGCUUGUGGGCAACAAGUGCGAUAAGGUGACGGAACGUGAAGUAACACGUGAAGAAGGCUACGCGAUGGCCAAACGUAUGGCCUGCGAUUUCAUCGAGACGUCUGCGAAAACAUGCGUUAAUGUCGAACGGUCAUUCUACCAAGUUGUCAAAAUCAUUCGUGCUCAACGUGAAGGGUUAAGUCUGGGCCCGAAAAACAAGACCAAGAAAGAAAGAAAGCCUAAAUGUUUGAUUCUGUAA